CAGUGGUGAUUUAGGUAGAGUUGGCGGUUGGCUUGUGACUUGUCUUGGGUAGGCAAGUAGUAUACUCGGCGUCACAAAAUGGCCUCCCAGGUUUGUCAAAACUAUCACCAGGAUUGUGAAGCUGCUGUCAACAAGCAGAUUAACCUGGAGCUCACUGCCUCCUAUCUCUAUCAGUCUUUGAUGUCGUACUUUGACAGGGAUGACGUUGCCCUGCACCAUUUCUCCCAGUUCUUCAAAGCUCAGUCCCAGGAGAAGCAGGAACAUGCAGAGAAGUUGCUGAAAUUCCAGAAUCAGCGUGGAGGCAGAGUCCUCCUCCAGGAUGUGAAGAAGCCAGAGAUGGAUGAGUGGGGUAACGGUCUGCAGGCAAUGCAGGUUGCCCUGGAUCUGGAGAAGAAUGUGAACCAGAGUUUGCUGGAUCUACACCAACUUGCUACUGCCCAGACUGACCCUCAUCUGUGUGACUUCCUGGAGACUCACUAUUUGGAUGAGGAGGUUGAGAUCAUCAAGCGACUUGGGGACUACAUCACCAACCUGAAGCGUCUGGGAGCUCCUGAGAAUGGGCUGGGAGAGUACCUGUUUGACAGGCUCUCACUGGAGGACAGCAGUUAGUGGGACAUGGGGUACUGUCUGCUCUUGUGUGAAUGCAUUACUGACUUCACUUGGACAAUCUGGCUUCUCCCUAGGGAGAAGGAAUAUGUUGGCAAGAAUGUAAUGGCUGUACCACUUGAAUGGAAAUGAAUAAAAUCUUAUACUGAUCUUGCUGAUGUGUCCAUCAUUCACAAGAGCUGCAUGAAUUUGGUUAUCAAGCUCUCUUGAGAUGAUGCCAGUAAUCAUCCUGCAAGAAUGUAAUGGUUGUAUGACCUGAAUGGAAACAAAUAAAAUCUUGUAUUGAUCUUGCUUAUUGUCCAUCAUUCAGACCACUGAUCCUUCACUUGAAUUUGAUUGUGAUCUCUGGAGAGCUUGAUGCCAGUAAUCAUUCUGCAAUUUCGCUCAUCACAUUAUUAGACUAAAACACCUCACCUAGAUGUCUUUCUCUUUUUGCCCCAUACCCCAUUGGACAGGAAUAACUAAAUGGAAUUGUAAUAUAUAUAAAUUCAAGCUAUCCUGUCCUAGAAUGAGAUUGGGGGUUGUAGUCUGGAGUGGAAAACUCUUUAGUAAUUCUCUUGUCCAAGUCUUACACUUUUUCUAGACCUGAUGAGCACAAUUGUGAACUGUGCAAGGAAGUUUUUCAUACCUCUUCAAAAGAUCAGUUCAAGAUAUCCCCAUCUUUGAUUCCAUGUUCACUUCCAGAUUGGCCUAUU